UUAGAUCUGUUCUUUCUUUAGAUUUCCUUCAAUGGCGGACUCUGAAAUUCCCUCGUUUUCUCUGGGGUUGGAUCUCGCUCUCGACACGCCUUCACAUUCCCCAAUCAAUCCACCUCCUUCUCCCACACCACAAGUCUCCGACUCCGAUCCCGAAACCGGACCCGACCCGCCCCGCCGAAUCCUCAAACGCCUCCGCCGAGGUCCCUUGAAACAACCCGACCCGACGCCGUCCGUCGACGCCGACGACGACAUCGAGGAGUUCUCCUCGCAGGACAAUCUUGAUCAAGUGCAUGCUUCGUGGAAUCGUUCUGUGUGUAGUAGCUCAAAAGUGUCGUUGAAUGGUUCUGGAGUUUUAACUCCUCAUCCACUUAGUAACUCUAGGGAGAGGGAGAGAAAAAGAAAGCAUGCUUCGGAUAUUUCAGCUUCUUCUAGGUUAGAGAAUGACCGUAAUGAUUUUGUCUUUCCAAAGUUAACCACUAGUCCCCUUCGAAGGUUUCAAUUGAUCGAUUCCGAUUCUGAGGAUUCAUUAGGUGAAGAUGUUAAAGUUAGUGAUAAGGAGGUAGCGUGUAACCGAAGCAAUCCUUUGUCAUCUUCAUUUGAACAAAUUAGGAGAACUGCCCUUGAUGCGAACCAAGAUCAGGAUCUAUGGAAAGAUUUUUCUCCGGUGAAGAAUGUUUCUGUCCCGACACCUGCCUUCAAUGAGUUAUGUGAAGAAUACUUUCGAUCUGCCAAUGGCAAGGAAGCGAAGAAAUCAAGGGUUGAUGUGUCUGAAAGUCAUAAUGAGGGAUAUCCUGGGGUCAAUUCUAGCUGCCAAAGGGAUCAACAGCUAUGGGAAUCAGCAGACCCUCUUAUUCCUGCUCAUCGUUAUUUUUUCCAUGAGGAUCCAAGAAUUCGGCACUUAGUUUGCAGUCGCCUGCAUAAUUUUUAUCCACUAGGUGUUGUCAACAGAGUGAAUCAACAACCUAAUGUCUCACAUAUUGAUUACAUGGGACAAUUUAGCAAUGGAGGAGGUUCUAAAGUGCAGGGAGUUCAAACAGGUUAUGUUAACAACUCAACAAAGGGAAAAAACAAAUCAAAUAAUUUGAUUGGUGAGGAAACUUUUAAUGCUUCCGGAGGCUGGGUGGAUCCCAAAAUUGUUUCCUUUAGCCAUGGAGAAUCUUCUAGAAAGAAAGCAACAAAGAGAAAUAGUGCUAAGAAUAAUGUCUCAAAAAGUAAAAAUAAAACAAACAAAUCAAACAAAUCAAACUCUGCAAAUGUAUCACCUGCUUCUGCAAACUGGGUGGAACCGAAGAGCUGCACCAGUACACCAAAGGAUGCAGGCAAAAGGCGUGUUCAAGCAAGUGGUCAAUCUGCUGGUCAUUGGUAUACAUCACCUGAAGGAAGAAAGGUGUAUGUUAACAAAAGUGGGCAGGAGUUGACAGGCCGUGGUGCUUAUAGACAAUAUCGGAAGGAGAGUGGAGCAGGAUUUAAGAAAUCAAAAAAGAAAACGGGUGCCAAGAAGACAAAUGUCAAGAGAAAGUAAACAUUUGAUGGGAAGGCAUUUAUUCCCCGCCUGGUCCACAUCCAAUAAUUUACUUGUGGAUCUAAUAGCUAGCAUUACCCCUUAGGUUCAAUUGCCGUAAGUUUCCGGUGUCAUGUUCUGGAUGGGGACAAGGAAGCUAGUAAUAUAGCAUGCAGCAACACACGAGGAAACUGGUUUAGGGCCAUGUUGCUUAGUGAACUUUUAAUGCUAAAGAAUCAUCGCAAGCAGUAGACAUUGUGAGCUUAUGCAAGUGUACAGUGCACACAGAUCCAAGGUCUUGGUUUCAUGAAAGUGUAGCUUGAGAUAAUGAUUCUGUUUUUAUUCGGAUCCACAAUAUU